UUUCAGAAGGGAGACCGUUCGCUGUUGGCACAAUUUUUUUACGCCGACGACGAAUUGAACGCCGUCGCUGCAGAACUGGAUAGUUUUGACGGUAAAAAAGACCCUCAGCGGUGCACCGCCCUCGUGAACCAUUUGCGACAAUGUCAGGACAAAGUCUUGACGAUCUGUAUUAAAAUUAUGGACGAGCUGAUACCUGGCGAACGGGCCAGUCGUGAUUUUCGUGUAAAAUUUCCAGACGACGUAAUUCAAGAUAAUCUUGCGGGGCAGUUAUGGUUUGGCGCUGAGUGUCUAUCAGCGGGGUCGAGUAUUAUGAAUCGUGAAGCAGAGAGUGGUGCUAUGAGGCCUUUGGCUCGGGCGCUGACCAAGUCUCUAGAAAGAGUCCGGGGCCUCUUGAGGGACGCGAGCCUCUGCGGCGACCAAACUCCACCCUGCCUUCGCAACCUAAUAUCGUCGUUAUGCACGUUCGAUCAUCUGUUUGCUGAGUUUGAGUUGCGUUACGUGUCCGCUAUGGUACCUGUCAAGACCGCCCACGAAUACGAACUCCAGCAGCUCGUGGUUGUCUUGUUCUCCGAGACCCUACAGAGAGCGCUCGUCAAAGGUCUCCUGACACAAGAGAUGGUUGACGACUAUGAUCCUGCCCUCAUGUUCACCAUUCCUCGUUUGGCCAUCGUGUCCGGUCUAUUAUUUUACCCAUACACGUCACCUCUGUCACUCGACCAAAACGCCUCGGACAUGUCCGAUAUGUUCCGUCCAUUUCGAUCGUUAUUAAUGAAAAUCAGAGAACUCUUACUCACCCUAUCCGAUAAGGAGCUGUCAACACUGGAGAGGAUGUUAUGUUCGUCUGAUGAGGUUAAGUUUGAUGAGAAUAUAUCGGUGAAAAACCAACAGUUGUCGUGCCAGGAUACCAGCGACGAGGACUCCGAGUGCCUUUCGUCUAGUACAGACAACAGCGUUACCACUACCACCGCUAUUCCCGCAACGACCAUUGAACACUGCGGUACGAAAGGAUUUCCUCCGACACCACCAUCAUCGCCGCAAGAUCUUAUCAACAACAACAACAACAGCAACAAUAACCAAUGCAACCCAUCGACUAAACGUGGAUCAUUCGGAUCGACAAUCAUAUCAACGAACAAUGCCAGCGAUCUACAGUCCAAUAACGACUCAAAAAGUCCAUCCGGAAACCGGCAACAACUACAACAAUAUGAUUGCGGUGGUCUGGAAUCAUCAUCAGGUUCAAUGCCGGAUGUAGAUCUUACUGAGUCAUUGGCCACAGCUACGGAAGCUCUAACAGAAAUCCUGGUAAAGUCGGCGAAUUUGGAACGUGAAAUAAGUAGGAACAAUGGCGGUGGCGCUGCUGUGGUUGUGGUGGUGGUUCAAGAUGAUAAUGGAAACGAAAAUGUGCGAUCAAAGCAGCAUCAUCCUGCAAAACAGCACUAUGUCUCUCCAAACGUGUCAACUAGUUCAACACAAACAGAAUGUCUUCCAUCAAGUUCUUAUCAGGUGUGUUGUUGCAACAACUGGAAUCGAUGGAAGUCGACUACAGUAAACAAUAAAAGAGACCGGUUGUCCUCCAUUAGAUGUCUGUCACCAUCUAGUGGUGGAGAUGGUAAUGGUCGUCGUAGUUGUCAUCAUCAUCAUAGGAGGAUAAAAACAAAUGCCACAACCACUACUUCCAACCGGAGUGACAGUAAUGAUACCGGUAGCAACAGUAGCAGUUGUGGUGAGACAAAAGCCCGGGAAAAGGUCCCUGUUGUUACUGCAGUCUCGACUAAGUACUCAAAAAGCUGGCGGGAAUUGCGCAAGACGACCAGCAUUGACGGCCAACGAUCAGCGGAAGUUGUGAUUUGCCGCCUCCAAAACACAACCUGUUGCAAUACUGCCAGAUGUGAUAGCGUUAAAUCUACGAUCAAAAAACAUGAUAUGUGUUCAAGCAGUUCUAGUUGUAUGACUUCAUCGGCAGAUGAGAGCGACGAGAGCGUGACUGACAGCACAUCAGCAGACAGUUCCUGUAAUUAUUCGUUACGUCGACAAAAAGCUCGUGCUAAAUUCAGAUCUGAUGAAGACUUAUUACAUCGUCUGUUUGUAUGCAUAUCGGGAGUGGCCGAUCAACUGCAGACAAAUUUUGCUGGAGACUUACGUAAUAUCCUUAAAUCAGUGUUUCUCAUGUCUAAUUCUAAUUGUGGYAACGAUAAUCAACAGAAUUUGGAAGUAAUUCCUGUGAUAAACAAUCCAGCUGCUAUGAUUGAUAUUGAAAAUGGAGAAGAGGCUCUUGUUUGGAGAGGUGAAACCAUGAUUAAUGAUGUGUUAUCCACAUCAACAGAAACACCACCACCUUGGAUACCUGAUAAUGAGGCUCCUGUAUGCAUGUCUUGCAAAGCUAUGUUUACUGUGGUCCGAAGACGUCAUCAUUGUCGAAAUUGUGGCAAAGUAUUCUGUUCUCGGUGCAGUUCAAACUCUGUUCCUUUGCCUAGAUUUGGGCAUUUGAAGCCUGUGCGUGUAUGUAAUCGUUGUUUUAUCUACCAGGUUACACCGUUCACAUUGGAACAUUCAAUUGGACCCGUUCCGAUUGUCUUGCAGUCUUAAUUAAUUAUAGUUCAUCAAAUGUGUGUGGUUCUGCUUUACCCUCGCCCAAAAUCUUCUUCACCCAAACAUUCCAAAGAAAUAAAGAACAUCUUUAUUUUUUGUGUUACCAUUUUAUCCUAAGUGACUGUUUGUUUCUUCCCUUUUAAUCUUUUGCUUUAUAUACUUUUUAGUUUUUUCCUCUCGAUAAAUAUUCUGUUCCUAACAGUAAUAAUAUUAAUUAGUUAUAUGCAAAUAAAUCGAUGUCUUGAACAACAUUUUGUUAUCGAUUCUACAAUUUAACACUAAUAAAUGCAUUUGUUAUUGUAUUUUAUUUUAUAAAAAUAAUUUGAUAAUAAUAAUAUUACAUUUAAGAAUCAUAACAUU